GCCAAUUAUGAGCUCGCCUUUCCCGAGUACCGCCAUCUAUCAGCGAUAAUAACGGUGAUGGCGGCGGGUCGAGGAGAAUUUUACAGCAGUUUUGUGGAGGGUUUACGGCGACACCAAACUCCUCAAACUCCAGGACGAGGUCGAGCAUCAGUUCACAGCCGCAGAAAAACAUCGGGAGUUGGCAGAGAAGCAGUCGGAGGGCAGGGACAGAGAGGAGGCCGUGCGGGAGCGAGAACAACACAUGACAAGAAGUUCAUCAACAGAUUACCAACAGAGAUCCUGAUGAAGAUUCUGUCAUACCUCGAUGCCCCAUCACUGUUCUGCAUUAGUCAUGUUAACAGACUCUUCCACCAACUUGCAAAUGAUGAGGUUUUGUGGAAGAAAGUUUACAUGUCAGAAUUUGGAAGCCAGAUGUGGAAUCAGACGACAGUGCAUGACGAUUCUACGCAGGAAGUGCAGGAUCAGUUAGAGAGCCAGUGGUUAACCCCUCCAGCAGAGAAUGAUGUCGACCAACUGGAGGAUCAGUCUUUGGAACAGUUGGCAGAACAGCCUGUGGACAAAUCUGUGGGUCACUGGAAAAGGUUGUACUUUAGGACUGUGGCUGGGCAGGAAAUUAAUAAGUGGAGAAAAGAAUUGAAAAACAUUAGUCCAUACACCGGUCUGCCCCGACAGACUGAGUUCGUCCUCAGAAACCUGAACAUCACUUGGGAAUUAACAGUGUUGGACCACUGGGGAUUUGAAACCCACCUGCAGGAGAGAAGAGUUUUCUUCUUUGAGUCGUCUGUGAUUGUCUACUGGAGCAAAUGCAAAGUACUCUGUUACAAAGACAUCAACAAGAUACAGCUGCAUGGUGUCAAAAGGGGGCCUAGCACCUCAAAACACAGGCCACAGUGGCAGUCCUUGAUUUUUGAGCUGGACACAAAGACUUGCGAUCCUCAAGUUAUUGGUAAAGACAAACUCAUGAAACUGUUACAUCUGUCACCAGGCGUCAUCAUCGGUAUUUGGAGGGGCCAGUGUUGCAUCUCCUUCAUCAUGAUCAGCCUUCACCUCCACAGGCUGGUGGAAAAGAGUCUGCUUGGGUCUCCUGCCUGUCCAUACUCUGAAGUCUUGAAACAACCAUGCUUCAGUUCAGAUCCUGAACUGGGUCUGCAUGGCUACACUCUGCACUUUGUCCUGCACAACACCAACACUGAGAUAAUGGCGGGGAGUUCUAGACAUCUCUUAUGUCGGACAGGUCAAAUCCAGAAAGGACUCCUGGAGUUAAUAGUGAUCGACGGGACAAACCUGUCACAACACAGGCCGCUGUCAGGCAGAUUUAGCUUUCCUUGGACAAGUAACCUGCUGGAGGGAUCAGUGGAGAACUGCUGCGUGAUGACAAUGACGCUGAUGGACGAGUUCCAGAAACCGUUCUGGUGUGUCAGCUCGCCCGUCUCUAUCAGGAUGGUAGAGGAGCAGCAGUCGUCGCACUACAGUGGUGAGCACUUCAUGAUGGACUACAGUGACAGUGACGGUAAGGUGAAGAUGGAGCUUGAGUGGCUGAAGGAGGAGAAGCAGUUUUUCCUCAUCGGCCUCACCAUCCACAUCUCUCUUUUGAAAAUUAAGCAACACUUUGGACGAAGCUACUAAUUUAUUUUUUUUUAGUUUGUGUUUGUGUUAAUUCUGAUUUAUGAUUGCACACAGGUACAUCGAUUUGAUUAAAACAAGCUUAUAUAAAAGAGAAUUAAGUGUUACAAUAACACAUCCAUAAGGUCUAGUGUGACUACGAAUUCGUUUAUUAACUGAUGUUUCAUUUUUAGUUGUCAAGUUAUUAAAAGACUGUUUAGUUUUGUAAAUUUUUAUCUUACAGUUUGCAGUCUCACCGUUAGAUGGCACAAUUUCACUUGAAUAAUCAUUUAGUCCAACUAUGAGAUCUGUGGAUAUAGAGGUUCUGUGGAUAUAGAAGUUCAAAUAUGUUUUCAACAUCUUCCUCCUUAAUCCAGAAGAAAUGUUUUUUACGACCGGUAGAGGGUGCUCUAGUUCCAUUAUUAACAUAGAAACGUUAAUGAAUCUUUUUACGUUGUAGCGGUAGAAAUCUUUAUCAACAAAGCACGUGGAAACUCACUGUUUUGUAUAUUUUUGUUCUUAAAUGUUUGAAUAUACCUGGGGAUUUUGUUUUAUAUAUUUUUCCUCCGGUGAAGGCUGUUUAACAACACAACAGUAGAAGGCUGAACACCGUUUACCUGGGGUUUGAACUAUUGUCCAAAGAUCUGUGGAGAGGUUCAUUUUGUUGUACAGAAAAUAUAAAUUUGCUUAAUAGAAUGUGAAGUAAAUGGUCAGCAAAUGUCACAGAUCUUUGUGAGUAAAAAAGUUAUUCAUUUUUGUAUAGGUCUAUGAUUAAAAAAAACAAACUAUACUGCUUCAGCUGAGUAGACAAUGCAUUUACUGUACUCAAUACAUGCUUUUAGUUCUCUCUAGUGGAGAAACGUAGUACUGUGCUGUGAAGGUGUAUCUGUUCUCACAGGUUUUCAGGUACAUUGCAAAACUGGUCCAUCUUAAGGGUAACGGAAUCAACUCAAGGGAAUCCUUCUAACUCCUCUCUCUCCAUACAGCGCCACUGUUUGUGUCAGUGAUCGUCAGUCUACAUAUACUUCACUUCAAAGAGCUCCAAAAACUAUAGAGGAAUUGUCAUAAUGCUAGUGUAUGUCCUGGGUGAAG